AUGGAUAACUCAAGCCACGUUGGAGACGAGCCUUGCUCUCAGGCAGUUUCUAUUGUCUUCACAACAGUGUUGGCUAUAAUCAGUUUGGCUGCGUUUAUUGGCAACAUUUUAGUGAUGACGGUGGUUUACAAGACCCCAAGCCUUAGAACAAGCACCAACUACUAUUACGUCAACAUGGCGGUGUCAGAUUUCCUUUCUAGUCUCACAUUAUGGCCACUGUACCUCACUGAUGAGAUAAUAACACAGCGAGGAAGCCUGAUUAAAGGCCCAAUGGCCACUGUCGGGUGUAAAGUUGGGGUGUACGUGAGGGUAUUCUCCACCUCAGUCUCUAUUCUCAGUUUGGUGUUGAUUGCAACCGACAGAUACUUUGCUAUAGUAUUUCCCUUAAAAACUUCAAUUCUACUGUCACGAAGAGUUAGAAUAACUGCGCUAGUAGCAACGUGGAUAAUAUCGAUAGGCUAUUGCUUCCCUAUGAUAUAUUUCUCUAAAGUGGAAGACGUGGAAGAAGAGCGUUUCUGCAGAUUUGCAUGGAACGAUACUGGUGCUCUUAUAAUCUAUUACGUCACUGGAAUUUCUAUGUUUAAUGUCGCGCCUCUAAUUGCAAUUGUGAUUUUGUAUUCUCGUAUUAUGCAAGCAUUAAGGAAAAAACUCAUUUCAGGACCCCUUUCUGGAAACACAAAUUCAGAAGGCAAAAGAUGCAAGCAAUUGCAACACAUUAUGAAAAUAUUCAAAUCAAUUGUGAUAGCCUAUUCUACUUGCUUUUUUCUUUUUUGCGUUUAUUUGAUUUUGAAGAUCACUUUCCCUGAAAUUUUCAUCAAGGAUAAAUGUAAGUGGAUUCUCGGCUUUUCCUAUUUUGUUCUUCCGUUGCUCAGCACAGCAAUGAACCCAGCCAUUCUUUUCUUUUUUAGUUCCAACUUCCGUCACGCCUUGCAAACCUUGUGGCCAUUUCGGCGAACCAAUUUCUGUUGUUCAUGUUUUAAGGGAAGAAAGGCAGAAGACCCAAUAAGACAAAACGACCACGUGGAACUACAGUCCAUAUAAGGGCGCGCGUGAUGGCGCGUACUGUCGCCAAUUACUUGGGCAUAACGCGUAUUGUCCUAUUAAAUUGUCCUGUUAAGGCUGAAAUCAGGGCAGUUGAUAGCCAAUCAGAUUUGAGAAUUUUGUUAUAGUUAUGAUUAACAAUUUGAUGAGGCUGAGUAUGAUCUAACCUGUGUCGCAGACGUAAUUUGUCCUCGGUUUAUAGUAGCCUCUGCGAAGCAGUGCUGAUAUCAGCCUUGCUCUGGGCAUCAACGGACUUAACGAAUUAGCGGAAGUGCGUUUCGAAUUUCCUUUCAUGUUGAUUGGAAAAUCGACAAUGUCUUUUUUAACAGACCAAUCAUAGCGCGUACUCAAAUCCUGGUACACAGGUGGGGAUCUAGAACAAGGAUUUUGGCGCGCUAUUUCGCAGACGGACUAAACCAGAGGUUAGUUCCGUCUGUCACAAAACCAGAAGGGACCAAAAAGACAGAAAAGAGGCCAAAAAGGAAAGCGCAGAGGCAGAUAACUCUUUUUAGAUAUAUGUAUAAUUCUUCAACUAAAAGGGAAGCCGAAUCCAAUUAUUGUUUUAUUAGUCCUCUAAAAUAUAUACUGUAGUAAUACACUGUCAGGUAUGUGUAUGUGAAAUAGUUUGCCGGCGAAAACAACGUUCCAACAGAGGAUCGAACUUCCCCAAAUUCCUAGAUCCGCCCCGGGUUUCUUCUCUUCACAUAUGCAUUAAACCGUUGAAAGACCCUCUUUAUUUCAGGGCUAAACUUGUUUAUAUAUUAUUGGAAAUAACUUUCAUAUUUAAUACCAGCUUUAUUUGCGAUCGUUAUCAUCCUCGUGUAUCGAGCGCAACGUAGAAGGAGGAAAUAUUAAAAAAGGAGUCAUUUGAAUUUCUCUUUGUGGAGAGUAGCUAGAACUGAGUUAAUUACGUCAUUCAACUGGACGUUACGGAAGAUGCAUAAUGUUCGUCAGGAGCAUAUUGAAAGUAAUUGAAAUGAAAUGAAAAAUUGACAUUUUGAUUAUCACAAAUUAAUUACAAAGGGAACAAAUAUCUCGAUCGGCAGUAGUCUGAUCUUUUCAUAGCAUUAGCACGAUUAUGAAGGCCUUACGGUGCGUAUUACUAGUAAUAAUCAUUGACUGUGGAUCUGCGUUCGUCUUCGGUCUUAUUCUCUUGCCUGUUGGAUUCGGGCAAAAUGGGAAAGUGAGCGGGGAGGAGAGGGGAGGGAAGGGGAAGAGGUGAUAACAUUUUUUGAAGGUGUUGUUUUGUUGCGAGUACCACUAAAAUGCCUGAAAUUUGAAGUAAUUUAAUCGUAUUUACUCAUUGGGGGCUUGAGAAGCCAAGCGUUAAACCCGCCGAAAUGGGCUAAACGAAAACUGCACGCGGUCAGCAACAUAUAUAAGAAGCUAGAAAAAACAGUUAUGUAAUAUUUUGAUCUAUACUGAACGUUUUCCACUGACUUGAAUUAAUUAAAUGCUGCAUAGUCUAAAAGAAAACGCCGGUUCAGGGAGUGUUUUUUGUAUAUAGACGACGUAUUACGUAACACAUGCGUUUCAACAGUAUCUCUGGCUCAAUGACUGUGACGUACGUAUUCGCUUAAUAUUCAAAUAUGAUAUGUCCUCUCCCAUUGCUUUCUUAUCAAUCACACAGACGCGACAAGCCUCUGUUUCUCGUAUGUAAUAUAUAUGGGUAACUGAGCCCAGGUGAGUUUGGUGUAUCCCACUUGGUCUAUUUCCUGUAGUACGCAGUAAUAUUAUCGAUGUUAAAAAUGCUGCUGGAUCGUUUCAAGACAUAGCAUUUUUUAAAGGUGGCGCAGGGUGCCUCCAGGUCAAUUUGGUUUAAUACAGAACACGCCGGUAAUACAUCUAUGACCCCAUUGACACGGGGUCCAGAAAAAUAUUUUGAACAAAUUAUUUUUUUUCCUGUCCACAACCCCGGCGUUUACACGAAGCUGCGCAAAUUCUGUUACAGAUUGCAGUACUGUUAACACACUUUGCCGUUCAAAAACUUGCACGGUCCCGCGGAUCGGUGUGUUCAGAACGAAAAGGGGAUCCGUGCAGGUUUUUGUCCGUUCAAAAAUUUUUCCAGACCUGUGUAAACGGGAUCUAAGAAUCGUUUGAAGUGGUGGGCAGGUCGAAGCCGGUCUCGAACUACGGCAAAGCACUGAACAGCACAACUUACACACGAAAGAGCCCGAAGAGCUCUGCUGUGAUACACGGAACAAUUGAUUUGGUAAAAGCGUGCAGAUGAUUCUUUGUGGAAGUAAUCUAUAAAAUUUCUUUUAUGAUAGUUCGAUUUUCUCUAGUCGAACCUUUCUGUCAGGCUACUGGUGAAUUGAUUUUACAGGUGUAGAUCGACUUUCGUGGAAUUAUAUAUCACGAAGACAGUCAUGCAAUAAAUGUGUUUUUAAAAUGCAGAUAUUGUGUUCAAUCCACAUGUAACCUAUACUCGAUUAUACAUCAUAGAUAUGAAUGUGCACUGACUAUGAAGCCCGAUACUAAGAUAAUAUUCUCCUUUUAACUGUUUUUGUUAUCAGUUUUCUUCCUGAUCGUACUUAGGCCAUGUCCAAACGAGUCCAGACACUUUUGGAACAGAAUAUUUUUUGUCCGGAUUUGUGUGGACGUGGGACGGUUAAACCUCUCUGGAGAGAGAGGUUUAAAAAAAUGCGGUUUCGGUAUCCGAAUUCACUGGUUUCGUAUGGACGGAGGGCCGAUCCGUGAAAAAAAAAACUAUGCAGUUUAACAAAUAUCCUAAUUCGUGUGAACAUGGCCUUACCGUACAAUCACGCCUGAUUUCUACAUGACCAUUUGAACCCUUUGCCACUGCGAUGGUGAUUCAGGGAUAACGUGUAAACAAACAAAAGCAAAAGAAACAAACAAAAGAUUAUGCAGAGUGAAGGAGCUUCCAACAGCUGCUAUGUUCCCAAUUGAAUUUUUGCCGGCUUUCUUAAAUAGUGUCCUUCAUAACGUUGAAUGUGUAGCCUGAGAUUAAUCGAUUUAAAACCCAAGAUAGAUGAAAAAAAGCCAAACGGCUUUGAAAAUUUUAACUCCUAUCCAGAAGCCCAUAAUCAGGAGCGAGAAACUUCCAUGCGUUCGUGUCACGGCGUUUUCACGGACCAGUUUAUUAUUAGAACGGUUUUGGCGCGAAUUUUGAAUAUCUUUUAAAUUCCACAAACCAGUCAGCAAAACCUACAGACAUAAAAAUAAUUAUAUUUUUUGCCUUUUAAUAACGUUUAGUUUCCAAUUUGAUAUCUUAUACUUCGAAUGCGUUCAUGGACAUGGUGGGGAUUCCAUUUUUCUGGAAAAAGUGCCCAAAAAUGUGUCUAAAAAUAAACUGGUUCAUAAAAGCGCCGUGACAUAGGCCUAGUAUGGGAAUUGCUCGCUCCGGGUUAUGGGCUCCUGUCCUAACUGACUUGCCAAUGGUUUAAGAAUGGAGCAUUAUCCAAACCCCAACGGCAAUGAAACGUUUCAGAUUCUUUGGAGAAACACUACGUGAUGUUCAAAUUCGGUCCAGGGAACCCCAACUAAUUGAGCUGGAUAAAAUUUAAAUUAGGACCUCAACACUUCGUGGAGAGAGAUAUUGACCACUAUCAUUUAUUGAAAAUAUUUCCCGGAGGCCGUUUUCAACCUCGUUCCUCGGCCUCGGUGGACAACAUCCUUCUCGAUCUACAUAAUCAAUCCUUCAUAUCAUACUCAGCCUAUUAUGGAAAAAGAGUCUAUACUUAGCGAAAAGACCAUCCAUAUUUUUCUGUUGAAAUUUUCUAAGCUCUCUUUCUCCAAGGCCUUAAUUUUUCUAGCCCUCCUGUCGACGUGUAAUUUGUGUGUCUGCUUGCUCAGCGGAUAGAGCUUGCCCCCGAAUUUUUCUUUGCCCCACGCCCGUUACAUGACAAGCAUUUCCCUUUACCACCUUCUAUUUUUGUUAAUUACCAUCAUUAACUUGUCUCAAUAACCUUUUCAGGUCAAAUUAAUCGCAAGUACUGAAAAUGCUACAUUGAGAUAUUUAAAUGGAUAACUCCAGUCACGUUAGCAACGGGCCUUGCCCUCUCGCGGUUUCUGUUUUCUUCACAACAGUGUUGGCUGUAAUCAGUUUGGCUGCGUUUAUCGGCAACAUCUCACUGAUGACUGUGGUUUACAAGACCCCAAGCCUCAGAACAAGCACCAACAUCUACUACGUCAACAUAGCAGUAUCAGAUUUCCUUUCCAGUCUCACUUCAUGGCCGCUGUACUUCACAGAUGAGAUUAUAAUAAGUCCAGGAAUUCUGAUUCAAGGUCGUCUGGCCACUACCGGGUGCAAAAUAGGAGUGUACGUGAGGCUAGUCUCAACAUCAGUCUCGAUUCUCAGUUUGUUAUUAAUCGCUACCGACAGAUACAUUGCUAUUGCAUCAAAACAUCAUUGUAAUAUCUUCAAAACGUCAUUGCUACUGUCACGAAAAGUUAGAAUAACUACGUUGGUAGCAGUGUGGGCAAUAUCGAUGGGCUAUUCCUUUCCUAUGCUCUAUUUCUCUAUCGUCGAAGAAGUCGGCGAAGAGCGUUUCUGCAGAUUUGCAUGGAACGAUACUGUUACUCUAAUAAUCUAUUACGUUAGUGGAAUUACUAUGAUUAAUGUUGUACCUCGAAUUGUGAUUGUGAUUUUGUAUUCUCGCAUUAUGCAAACAUUAAGCAAAAAAAUCUAUUCAAGACCCCUUUUUGGAAGCAUAAAUUCAGAAGGGAAAAGAAACAAGAAAAUGCAAAAUAUUAUGAAAAUAUUCAAAUCAAUUGUAAUAGCGUAUACUUCUUGCUUUUUUCUUCUUUGCGUUUAUUUGAUUUUAAAGAUGUUUUUUCCUGAAAUUGUAACCAAGGAUAAAUGUAAGUGGAUUCUUGGCUUUUCAUACUUUGUUUUUCCGUUGCUCAGUACAGCCAUUAACCCCAUCAUUCUUUUCUUAUUUAGUUCCAAUUUCCGCCACGCCUUGCAAACCUUGUGGCCAUUUCGACUGAAAAAUUUCUGCUGUUCAUGUUGUAAGAAACGAAAGGAGGAAGAUCUAAUAAGACAGGACGAACAAGUGGAACUACAAAUCCUGGUCAAAAACAUAAAUUAAAUGUAAUUCACUCACGAAAUGCCUCAAUUAGAGCUCCUAAAACGUUGUGUGUGUUUGAUGCGUUCUUGAUCAAAUGGAAUCGAGAAAUACUGGGUUUUGAAAAUCGUGAAAAGCCUGAGUACCGGUAGGAAAACCUCUUAGAACUCCACCCACAUAUGGGUGUCGUCACAGCUGGCAACAUAUAGGUGGGGGACGUUGUAGAAAUUGACGUUUGUCAUUAGCAGUAACCGUGUUUCGAAAGCUCUCCAUUGACGUCAUCUUAUCGGAUAUCGCAAAUGUCUUUCAAAUUUGGUCAAUUGUAGCUGCUUGUUAUGAAAGAUUAGCCGUGGGGUUUAAGCCAACGUGAAAAAAUUAUAUUUUGAAUGAACAGUGAUGAAAUUUAUUGCUUAUAGCUGUUGCGAAUGCCCUGUCAGUAAUAGGUAGCAAUUGCUGAUCGCUUUAGGUUUUCUCUUUUUGAAUUAAAAAAAUUCAAAUUUAAAAUGUCCGUUUUAAUGUCAGAAUUUGUAUUAAACGGAUAAUAGUACCAUUCAUUCCGAUAUUUCCUGUUCGAAAUAAGACGUCUUCGAUUCAACUUGCUUGCCCUCGCCUUGUCUGGUUUUUAACGUGUCUUGUGUUUCGGUUUUUACAUGCAUGUAAAGAGGCUUUUUAAUUUAAUAUCUUAUUACGUGCCACAAAAAGCAUAGCACAAAAGGUUAAUUCUCACGACGCCUGCGUUGCUCUCUCGUUGUGUAAUAAAAGUGCACUAUAAACAACAACAUGAUAUUGUGGCUUUAUUACCUACACCACACGUAUCAGAGAUACCUCACAAAAUUCCAAUGUUUUGCUACUGCAAGAAUAAAAAGUGGUCGAUUGUCCAUGGCUGAUUAUUUUUCUCGUCCCACGAUUUUAAAAAAUUAGAUGCCACUAUGCGUGUACUGAUCGCAUCCCUUGUUUGUUUGUAAUUUUUACUUAAUAAGUGUGGCUUUGAGUGACACUUUUGUUUCGGUCCGGAGACAAUUUAACAUUAAGAAAUUAUGAGCUCACACUGGAUUAUUAAACAACAGAGUACGAAUUGAGAAACUAUAGGAUGUAGAUUAAAUUAAUUAACGCCGUGUUCUGCUUUUCAAAGCUUAUUUAUAUUAAAAACGGACUCGAAAUUUCAAAAGGAAGAGUUAGACUUUAUAAUUUAAAAUGACCUUUUAUUUGCGCGUGAAAAAUCCAUUCCUUAAAUUACGAAUAAUUAAUCUAAUAUUAGUCUAACUUGCUAGAGGUUGGCGCGGCAUCGAACGUGUCUUAUUGUGUGUGCCAGUUUUCAUCUUUCAACUGAACAUAAUUCUGGUUCCUUCAAACGGCUGUAACUUGAUUUGGAACACACGGAGUUGUUAAAAAAUAGAUUUCGAUUAGCAAACGUCAAACGUGACGAAGUUUUCUUUACGUGUCGAUUACUGUUCAAACACAACAAUAUUAAGUGUUUUUUUUGCUAGUUUCAUUCAUAACAGUUAUUAUUUUUGCACCGUGUUUCUAUCUGCUCUACACAUUUCUUAUUCGAAAAAUUAUUCUAAUAGGCGCAAGCUUGAAUCUGACCUUUGCCGUUUACCGUAACUUGGUGGCUCUUAAAAUCUAAGGUUUUUAAAAAUCUAUUUGCCAUUACACAAGUUAACAACGUUUGAAGUGUAUCUUUCGAAAACAAUCAGAAAUCGAAGAAGAAGGAAAAGUUACAGUUGACUAAAGCAACUAAAAGGAGCACUGACAGUCUCAGGUGAGAAAGGACGGUAAUUAUCAGGGGCACCCAACGAGGAUGUAGUUCAAAACCACUUAACAUAGCAUUGUGGAACGUAUUUUAGUAUUUAAACGGUAGAUAUAGGCAUAUUUUUAUCCCCUAAAAACUUUUCAUCUGUUCGGAUUUCCUAGCUGAAAGUCUCGUGAUCCGAAAAUUAUAGGGAUCAAAACUUACCUUUUCGAAAAUUUCAGCCAGGAAAAGACUCCCGAAAAUUCUAUAGGUGGCCUUUUUUAGGGUAAAUAUCCGUUUAAAAUGGGUAAUUAUACCAUUAUGUAGAUGUUCGAAAAUCCUAGGAGAGGCAAGCAAGCAAGAAAUUUUACAACAAAUGUUCCGAAAAUUCUAGUUCUCAAAUCGUCUUCCGAACAGAUAUUUUCUCGAAAAUUGCCGUUGGGUGCCCCUGAAUUAUGUUGUUUAAAGGAUGGAUUGGUUUUCAGUUGCAAGUGAAGUCUUCUUUAUUUCAAACCUGUUGGAUCUUCGAAAGUUAAUUAACAGUAAUCUGAAAGCGGCAUUUCCUUGCAAAGGCUUAAUUAUUAAUUUUCAUCCAACAACAGCUGUAGUAUAGUCAAAGGUUUCGCCCAUACUGAAUCGUCCCACCUUAACGCUGGUUGUAAUGUCGAGGGUCUGGCAUGGAUCGCGUUACCUUGAAGACACUUGGGCACUAAUUGCUAAAUACCAAAAACUAAAUCUCAGAUUUGAAGGUAAUUCACUAACCAGAAAAAUUUAUGAUUUGCAAUACGUGUGUAUGAACAUAAACGUUUAUUUCACUUCUUGACACUAAACACUAAAAAAUGCCAAGCUGUGAGCCUCGGUUUUGCAGGGUGUGAUAACGGAUGGAUUCGGUUUUAGAAGCAUUAUUUUAAGAAAAUUAAAAGCAUUUCCGAAAUUGACCCUUCAUAGGAAAUCGGUCUUGAUUCUUCACUGUAACAGUUCUUCUGUGCAGAAAUCUUGAAUGUUGUUAAUAAUCACAAGGAUAUAAGACAACUCUUGACAUUAUUAAUUAUCAAUCGUUUUAUUCUUCUUUCCAUGUGAAUAUAUUAAACAAUUAUUGGAUGAAGUUGAGCAUGAUAUCAUGAAUGAUCAAAACCGAGGUCUGUGUUAUCUGCCGAAGCCGAAGGCUGAGGCAGAUAAUACAGACACGAGGUUUUGAUCAUUCAUGAUAUCAUGCGAAAACCGAAUUCAAUAAUUGUUUUAUUAUACAUUUUUUAAACAAUAGGCAAAAGAAGACAUUCAGCCAUUCUGUUUCAGAGGAGAAAACUCCAAGGGGCUUGGUAACCAGGCAGACGUUGAACUUGACAUGAUAAAUGCAAUAUCUGCAGCAGAUAUUCGAUUUAUCAUGUCAAGUUCACAAGCUAUUGUGAAUUGAUUGAAUGCUGUCGACCAAUCAGAUUUUUCAUAGUGAGUCUGAUGUAUAAUAAAGAUAUAUGUCAGGAGAGUGGGAUCAAACUACUCGAUCUUUUAAUACGACUAUUUCGCACAAUAAUAAGGGGCACCCAACGAGAAUAUAGUUCAAAACCACUUUAACAUAGUAUUGUUAAACGUAUUUUAGUACAUGUAUUUAAACGGUAGAUACAGGCAUAUUUUUAUCCCCUAAAAAUUUUUCAUCUGUUGGGAUUUCCUAGCUGAAAGUCUAGUGAUCCGAAAAUGAUAGGGAUCAAAACUUACCUUUUCGAAAAUUUCAGCCAGAAAAAAGGCUCCCGAAAAUUCUAGUUGACCUUUUUAGGGUAAAAAUCCGUUAAAAAUGGACAAUUAUUCCAAUUUGCAGAUGUUCGAAAAUCCUAGGAGAGGUAUAGGCAAGCAAGAAAAUUUACAACAAAUGUUCCGAAAAUUCUAGAUCUCAAAUCGUCUUCCGAACAGAUAUUUUUCCAAAAUUGACUUUGGGUGCCCCUGAAUAAUUGAAAAAUUCUUCAAUAGCUACAAAACUUAGGACAAAAACUGCACAAGAAAAAAAGAUUAUUACCAACAGACCGACACUACGGGCUUAUAUUGCUAUUAAAGGGAUCUUAUCUACAGCGUAUCGUAUUAAAGGAAAUCUGAACUCAGUUCGAUAUUGGAAACCAACACUAAAAGCAGGAAAACCGGUCGAUAAGUGCGUUCUUUUAGGUGCGAAAAAUCUCAAACAAAAUUAGUGCAUUAUGCAAUCAAGAGUUUAGAUUGGCUGUCAUCCAGCAUGUAAUGUUGUAACUCAAAAUGCAAUUCAGGUCUAAAUGGUUGCCACGUUGUUUGAUUCUUAGUUUCAUGGUUUCUUAACCCGAAUUAUUUAUGAUUGUUGAAUAAUAAGUGUUAGGAUACAAAGAAUAUUGAGAAUCAAGGAACGAAAUCAUCUUGACUGACCUACAAAGUAUAUACUAUGACAACAUAUAUACUGUAAGUAAGUCAGUAUACGCAGAUGAACAGAAAGCUUGGUAUGUAAAUUCACAGCAAUAAUAAUAAUUAAUAAUAAUAAUAAUAGUAAUGAUAACAAUAAUAAUAAUAAUAAUAAUAAUAAAAUAGCUACCAUUAUGCCCCACCUGUUCUUGUUUUUACAUUAAACGGAGUACUGAUAAAUUUUUUCCUACAUAAUAUUAAUCGACAGGCCAAUAUCAAAGAGGGUUUGAAAGUUACCAUUUGCGUCGAAUAAUCGCAAUGAACAACUCCAGCUCUAACUUGGUUAAUUACACGCCAUGCCCAUACGACAUAUCUGCAGUCUUUACAUCAGUGUUGGCUGUCAUUAGUUUGGCUGCGAUUAUUGGCAACAUCUUAGUUAUGUCUGCGGUGUACAAGACCCCAAACCUUAGAACAAGCACCAACUAUUACUACGUCAACAUGGCGGUCUCCGAUUUCCUUUCUAGUCUUACAUUAUGGCCGCUGUACCUCACUGACGAGAUAAUAACACAGCGAGGAAGUCUCAUCCAGGGUUUCGUAGCCACAAUUGGCUGCAAAGUGGGGGUGUUUACGAGAAAUGUUUCGCAUUCAGUAUCUAUUCUAAGCCUGUUUUUGAUAGCUGUCGACAGGUUCAUCGCUACUGUCCACCCUUUAAAAGUUACCUUGUUAACAAAGAAUAUUCGAGCAUCCUUACUACUUUCAACAUGGAUCAUAGCCAUAGGAGGCAGUUUUAUCACAUUUCUUUAUUCAAGAGUCGACAAAGUUGGGCACGAAACAUUCUGCAGAUUGGCUCUAGCCACAGACAAGAUGAUAAUACUAUACACGUUUGUAAUAAUUCUGCUCAUUGCUUUGUAUUCCUCAACUUUAAUUCUGUAUCUGCGCAUCACGCGUGUUUUACAAAGUAGACUUCAGACGAAACACUGUGCACAAAACUUGGACGUAAUUAGUGCUAGACAGAAUAGAGUCAAGCACAAUCGAAACGUGAUGAAGAUAUUUAGGUCGAUUGUUAUAGCAUUUUUCAUCUGCUGGUUUUUUUUCUGUUGCUACCUAAUACUAAAAAUCGUUUUUCCGCAGCUGUUUGUAAGUGACAAGUGCAAGAUAGCCUUAGGCUUUUCUUACUACGUAUUCCCAUUGUUAAGCACAGUCGUGAACCCAGUGAUUCUAUUUUCAUUCAGUUCUAGUUAUCGUCAUGCUUUAAAAGAAAUUUUCUCGUUUUCUCACGAGAAAUGUAAGUCAUGCUGGGGAGAGGUACCCGUUGCCGCACUCCAAACUAACGAGCGCCAAAUGGAGCCAAUGGCAUUUGAAAUGCUCGAACUGCGCGGGCUUGAUAAAAAAUUUCAGAAAGGCUCCUCGUAGCCUGCGUACUUCCGGUUUUUGUUUGGUGUAUGCGCAAAUAAUGAGCGGUGAAAACCGUUGCCGAAGCCGAAGCCGGAGCUGAAGCUGUUGCGCUGGACUUGUAUCAGUGUUUUGGGAGGUCGUGGUUCUUUUUCUUUUAAAGUCAUUUCAUAAACAUUGUAGAAAUAUAGAUAUCAAAAGCUGUAUAAAAUGUCUGCAAAAAUGAUUCCACAAGCAUUUUGUUAAUCCAUAUGUGAAAGUAGGAAAGUCUGUAAAUUUACGAUUUAUAGACAUUUGACGAUCACUGUAAAUGGUCCAGAUUUUGCAGUGCGAUGUUUUGAGACACGUGGUACCGAAAAAGAUUAUUCCAAUUUAACCGGUUUCAAAGAACAUUCCAAGAAAAAGAAUCACACUACGUUUCUAAGAAUAAUAUAACGUAUUUCUGGGUAAAAUAUGAAAGAGUCUGAUUUUUUAUCGAGUGCCACCCUUCACUAUUAGAAACAUUCACUCUUAGAAUUUGACGAAAAAUAGCUAGCAUAAUUGUAAAGAUCUCGUUGGCCCCUAAUAAACAAUGAAUAUGUCAGGUAAUAACGUCUUAAACCGGGAUAAUUUCAUAGCUUUAUAUAAUGGAUCCUCGCCCCGCUACAAUGUCAGUCAGUUUGGAAAACGCAUUCAAGCAAGUUUAAGUGAGGUGCACUACUCGGAGAAACGCUCUUAUAAAAAUUCUAUUAAUUUCUCUAAGCAGAGAUUUACAUGGUGUAAAUCACAUUCGCCUGCAGUAAAUUGUCAACCUGAUUGAUGGUGGAAUAUUGGAAGUGCCAGAACAACAGCCACAUAACAUGUUGGCCUAUUCAAAUGCACAGUGCCGCCUAAUUGCCUCUCCCACAAAAAAGUCAACUAAUCCAAAGGAAGCAAGAAUUACAAAUUAUUUACCAAAGUAUGAUAUUUUUAAAAGGAUGAAUUUGUCCGUUAUUGCAUUAUUUAUCUUUUGCUUGCUUUUUGUUUUGUUAUGUUGUAGUUAUAUAACGAUCAUUUUACUUUACUAUUUUCUUUUUAAUGGUUUUAUGGCUCUCACGAAAAAAACAACUGAACCCCAGAUUCCCCUAUUAACUGCAACAGCUACACAACGAAGAGAAAUCACAAAAACAUCGUCACAAAAUUGAACGACAUCGCAUCAAAAAUAGUAUUAAAAAUCGCAUAUGAAUAUAGCUAAGGACCGGUUGUCUUGCUUCACCAAACUGUUAGUCACUAGUACUAGGUGAGUUUACUGACUGUGACGUUCCUAAAAAGUUCUUAAAGCUAAAUUAAAGAAAACUGGCCCUCAGGAGAUUUAUAAAAUAAAGAACUAUGUUUUUUAUUUCCCAAAACGAGCAUUCAAAUGGUUUACUUGCUUAAGAAUCUUCUUCGAAUUAAGGGUAAAUGAAAAAGUUAGAAAGAAUAAGGUAUAUCUUUACUGGCUCCAGUAAAUCAGUUGAACUAUUCAAAUGUCAGUGACACUUAUCUACUUUGCCUAAUGACAAAACAUAGCUUUUGUGACUGUAGAAAAAAAACAUGGGUAUUUUCAAAUCAAAACUCAGGCUAUAUCAGAGAAAGAGUUCAUGCACCAGGGGCUUUGAAUUUUAAAUGCUCUUAAAAUAUCAACCUUAAUGCACCUAUCAAUGUAAAGCCGGCGGGGGGGGGGAGGCAGGACAUGGGGUGGGGAUUUGAUUGUCUUUGUUGGCCCUGGGGUAGGGCAUUUGACUGAUCUUGUUCUCCCAGGGGAGGGGAUAUUUGAAUCUUUCUUCGCCCGACGUCGAGAUAUUUGACUGCCGACUCGGACGAAAAAGACUGAGACCGAACAUAUGUUUCCCGCUUUCACGCUUCACGCAUGGGCCGUACGGUUUGAAAAGAUCAGGAAAUCAUGGAGGCCAAUGACAUGCAAUGAGAACAAGCAAAGGCUGAGUGGAUUUCACUGUUUUGUCUUCAAAUUUCGUUUGUUUUAGCGUGUUUUUGAUCAAUUGAACCUCUUAAAAUACUGUGGUAUCAAAGUAAACGGAAGUAAAGAGAAACCAAGUCGAUUUUUGCAAGUACAGUUGAUUAGUGUAUGGCUUAUUCGCUACAUUCACUGUAAACUGAUAAAACUGACUUUCUUUGUACCCUUUACUAAGAACGGUAUAUUUAAACUUACAAAAUGUGGACUUUCUCCUAAAGGUUUUUAAGUAUUCUACGCAGUGUAACACGGAUUAUGGUUAAAACGUAUAAUUGUAGCUGUAACAGGAACAUGUAUCUUUGGUGAUGCAGCAACGUUUAUAAAAGAUUGCAGAGUUUUAUUCAGAGAUAUUUUUAUUGUGCCUUUCUUAGGUUCUGCCUUUGGAUUGACAGCAAUGUGCAGCCCGGGGUGGGGAAAUUUGGUUGCAUUUGACUGGAAUGAUUUGCCCGUGGGCAGGGAAUUUGAUUGAAAAUUUUUGAAAAAAGUCAAAUCCACACCCUUUGCCCUGCCUCCCCCCCCCGCCGGCAUUACAUUGAUAGGUGCAUAAAUCAAAUACCUCUUUAUUUGCGGAAAACCUGCAAAUUCUUUAGACAGGCGCGCGAAAGGUCAUCACCUGUACAACCAGUUUCCUAGGCAGCUUUCCUUUCAGCUUAAAAACAUAAUCCUAUAAUUCGAUUUUCCGUUCCAAUUAGUAAGGAACCGAUCUUGGAUUUCAUAACAGAUUUAUAUUCUCAUGGAGAGACGCUACUCUGGUACUCACGAAACAUUUACAGCUCGCCAGUUUGGUUGAAAACUCCUCAAUUUCACGGCAAGUAUCAUCAAACGCCGAUUAAGUCUGACUAUCUUACGCCAGCAUCAGGAGAGAUCAGGACGGAUUAGCCUGAAAUAGAUCUGCAUCCGUUACCUCAGUUUGAAAAACACAACCAAGUUACAGGAGUGGAAACUUUCUUCUAUAAACUACAAGUGGUUAAACCUAGGAAUUAGUAUCGUGCAGUUAAAAUCAGGAACAAUCCCUUCUUCUUUAAUUUUUAGGAUGAUUGUCAGAAGGUGGGCAGAAUGCCCUUUGGAAUUAAUGAAAUGAAAAAAUAGAUAUCAGUAUGGAAGUGAAUAAGGUACAUCUUUACUGGUACCAGUGGGAAGAAAAGAAAAGAAAAAGGAGAAAAAGGAACAAGAAACUACCUGAAUAUGGAAAUGAGGGUACGUUUGCUUGUUUAACUAUUCAAAUGUCAGUUACGCUUAUCUACCUGGUCUAAUGAGCAGACAAAACAAGGCUAUUGUCUUGUAUUUUUGAAAGGAAAACUCCGGCCAUAUCAAAGAAAGAGUGAGGUUGGAUUUAAACGCUUUUUCGUGGUUGGAAAUGUCAUCUGCAUCCAGAAUUAGAAAGUGUAUCUUACCUAUUCUUGGUAGGCAAUGAUUAAAUUAAAUCUAAUUCAAUGAUGAAACCCAGCAUUAGGUCAAUAUAUAUAUUUAAAAAAUUACUCAAUGUUGCGACAUCUUAAAUCCAAUACAUACCUUUUCAUCUGAGGAAAACGUUUCUUAUUUUUAAAUGGGCAAGCAAGCUUUGUUUAAUAACGUCAGAAAAAGGGCAUACAUGUACAACAAGUUUCUUUUAGGUAGCUUUCUUUUUAGCUAAUCUAAAUCCGAAUUCCAUUUCCCAGUUAGCAGGAACCGUUCUUUUAUUGUAUUUCCAGAGGUGGCUGCUCUCAGGUAUUUACCAUAAAUUUAUAGUUCGCCAGUUUCGUUGGACACUUCUAAAAUGCCAGAGGUAGAAGAGCACUCUCGGUUCCUACUAUAACAAAGUACUUGCCUUCGCCAUAGCGGCUUAUAGGAUUAACUUAAAACAGAAUCUGCGCUCCGCUACCUCGAUGAUCAGUUCGAAAACGAAACCAAGUUACCGAAGUGGAAUUGUCCAAAAAUGCAGGAUUAUUAACGUGCAGUUAAAAUCUAGGACAGUCCCUUCUUAUAAAUUGGAUCAUUAUCAGCAUAUGGGCAGACUGCCUUAGUUAGGAAUUACCUAAAUUAGAUCUCUGUGUAGCUGAGGGCACGAUCCUUUCGAUUAAAAUUAAAAUUAAAGAUACAAGAAUAAUAUAAUAACACAAAUAAUAACACAAAUUAUUGAAUAAUGUAAAGUAGUAUUUAAGCGGACGCAGCGCCCCUAUAGGCGAAUCUUUGCUGACGUCAUUUCUUACAUUUUUUCUCAUUAGCGUAUUAUUUAACUCAUAGAAGCCGUGGUCGUAUAUAUGAACUAAAUUCAAAAGUCGGACGAGCUGAUUAACUUGAGCAAUUUAUGCAAUUUUCACCUCUUUAAAGUAAUAUUAAAAGAAAUAUCAGCCAUCGCAAACUGCCAAAUUGCUGGGUGGCAAAAAAUUUCAUGAGCCAUACAUUCUUUGUAAAAUUUCAAGUCUUUAAAGGAGCCUUUGCCCGAAACCAUUUGGUAUGUUGAGCUCAAAUUUUCAGAGAUAACUGAUAUUGUUGUGGUCUUUCAAUAUUCAGAGGUUUUUUUUUAUUUAACUUCAUCAGAUAAUGAUGAACAUGUUGAUAGCGCAAAAAUUCGCCUAAGGAGACUGAAUCCCCGAGUUGAAUGGGCCAUCCUGUUGAAAUUAAGUUUAACUUUACUGUAACAACAACAACAACAACAACGAAAUCCGAUAAAAACAAGCGUACUUCAUUGUCGAAACAAUAAAUAAAACUUGGUCGUAGUUUCUACCUCCCUGAGUUACAUACAUUGCAAACAUACCCGGUUUUAUUUGGGUUUAAAUUUCCAUGCAUUUUAACUUAAGAUUAUUCUGGUCGAAUCCUUUCUGAAAAGUAACGAAGGAAUUUUCCUUAACGUCUGGUAAUCGAUUAUAAAUUGUUAUUUUUUUAAAAAACCUUCUACUACUAGUAUUCGAGUAGAAUUUUAAAUUAACUAUUGUAGAUUGUAUUGAUUCCCAUGCUUUUUACUGUAAAUUUAUAUAUUUAAGACUGAAAAAAUUGAGUGAUUAAACAGUAUAUCGUUACUAGAGAUAUGUUUUCUCAUUUUUAUUUCUGAAAAUAUGGUUUAAGUUAUAUACCCCAGUGGAAGAGGCGGUAAGGAGUAACGAACAUUUGAAUAGAUUCACACUCUAGUAGCCUCUGACAUUUUCAGUAUUCCUUCAUGAACGGAAAAAUUGUCAUUUUUACAGGCACAUGUAAUUAACAACAUGCGUCGAUCGCUGUUAGAAUAAAUAAGACAAGAUAAAAAUUAUAGUUUUUCUCAUGACUCCAUUGUUUCCACUAAAACUCAUCCUCGGAGACCCAGGGGCAGAUAGUGGGGGCGAGGGAAAGUCUAAACGGGAGAAAAAAUAUGGCACGAAGAAAAGUAAAGAACGGCGAGAAGAGGCCCUAGGGACAAUGUCUUACCGGACCAGUUCCAAACGGUCGCCGCCGUUCUGGCUUGUGAUUGGAGCCAGAAAAACACAAGUGUUCUGGCACCAAUCACAAGCCAGAAUGGCGGCGACCGUUUGGAACUGGUCUGGUAAGACAUUGUCCCCAGGGGCUCUUCUGGCCGUUCUUUUUUUUUCUUUUGUGCCAUAUUUUUCCGCCCAUUUAGACUAACCCUCGCCCCCACUAUCUGCCCCUGGGUCUCCGAGCAUGACUAAAACUAAAAUGGAACAACAACAAAAAAUGAAAUAAAAAGAAACUUAGUUCACUUUUAAACGAUAAAUAAGAUUGGGUAUUUCUCUCUCCUUGCCCGUUACAUACAUUGCAAACAUACCCGGUUUAUUUAGACUGAAAUUACCACGUAAUCUUAAAAUUAUUUUGACUACAUGAAUAUCUGAAUUCGCCUAAAAAAUUGUAAAAAUUAUGAUGCUAAAAACAUGGAAAUUUCAUUUUAAAUACGUUUGGGUAUUCUUAUUUAUCUCCUUGAGUUGCAUACCGAGCAAACAUAAAAAUACCCAUUUUUUUAAACCAUGUAAAUAUGAAGGCCAUUCAUACGUUAAUUCCCAGAAAUUAACGCAUGAAUUUCUCUUAGCAUAGAGAAACGUUUGGAUAGUCAUAUUUAAAGUCUUUUAGUAUUUUUACUUGCAUGUGCGCGUAAAUUGGCAACUUGUCCUUUGAUGGUGGCACAUUGGCAAUGUCAUAAUGAGGGCAACUUAACAUGUUAACGCAUUUAAUUGGUUCAUCACUCCUUAAAUUAGGACCUCAACACUUCGUGGAGAGAGAUAUUGACCACUAUCAUUUAUUGAAAAUAUUUCCCGGAGGCCGUUUUCAACCUCGUUCCUCGGCCUCGGUGGACAACAUCCUUCUCGAUCUACAUAAUCAAUCCUUCAUAUCAUACUCAGCCUAUUAUGGAAAAAGAGUCUAUACUUAGCGAAAAGACCAUCCAUAUUUUCCUGUUGAAAUUUUCUAAGCUCUCUUUCUCCAAGGCCUUAAUUUUUCUAGCCCUCCUGUCGACGUGUAAUUUGUGUGUCUGCUUGCUCAGCGGAUAGAGCUUGCCCCCGAAUUUUUCUUUGCCCCACGCCCGUUACAUGACAAGCAUUUCCCUUUACCACCUUCCAUUUUUGUUAAUUACCAUCAUUAACUUGUCUCAAUAACCUUUUCAGGUCAAAUUAAUCGCAAGUACUGAAAAUGCUACAUUGAGAUAUUUAAAUGGAUAACUCCAGUCACGUUAGCAACGGGCCUUGCCCUCUCGCGGUUUCUGUUUUCUUCACAACAGUGUUGGCUGUAAUCAGUUUGGCUGCGUUUAUCGGCAACAUCUCACUGAUGACUGUGGUUUACAAGACCCCAAGCCUCAGAACAAGCACCAACAUCUACUACGUCAACAUAGCAGUAUCAGAUUUCCUUUCCAGUCUCACUUCAUGGCCGCUGUACUUCACAGAUGAGAUUAUAAUAAGUCCAGGAAUUCUGAUUCAAGGUCUUCUGGCUACUGCCGGGUGCAAAAUAGGAGUGUUCGCGAGGCUAGUCUCAACAUCAGUCUCGAUUCUCAGUUUGUUAUUAAUCGCUACCGACAGAUACAUUGCUAUUAUAUUUCCCUUCAAAACAUCAUUGCUAUUGUCACGAAAAGUUAGAAUAACUACGUUGGUAGCAGUGUGGGGAGUAUCGAUGGGCUAUUCCUUUCCUAUGCUUUAUUUCUCUCAAGUCGAAGACGUCGGCUAAGAGCGCUUCUGCAGAUUUGCAUGGAACGAUACUGUUACUCUAAUAAUCUAUUACGUUAGUGGAAUUACUAUGAUUAAUGUUGUACCUCGAAUUGUGAUUGUGAUUUUGUAUUCUCGCAUUAUGCAAACAUUAAGCCAAAAAGUCUAUUCAAGACCCCUUUUUGGAAGCAUAAAUUCAGAAGGGAAAAGAAACAAGGAAAUGCAAAAUAUUAUGAAAAUAUUCAAAUCAAUUGUAAUAGCGUAUACCGCUUGCUUUUUUCUUCUUUGCGUUUAUUUGAUUUUAAAAAUGUUUUUUCAUGAAAUUGUAACCAAGGAUAAAUGUAAGUGGAUUCUUGGCUUUUCAUACUUUGUUUUUCCGUUGCUCAGUACAGCCAUUAAACCCAUCACUCGUUUCUAAUUUAGUUCCAACUUCCGUCACGCCUUGCAAACCUUGUGGCCAUUUCGACUGAAAAAUUUCUGCUGUUCAUUUUGUAAGAAAAGAAAGCAAGAAGAUCCAGUAAGACAGGACGAAAAAGUGGAACUACAAAUCCUGGUCAAAAACAUAAAUUAAAUGUAAUUCACUCACGAAUUCAUUAGCUCAGUCGGUAGAGCGCUUGUUGACUGCAGAGCGGGAGGUCGCGGGUUCGAUUCCCGGGGCCGGACCAAUACUUAGGGUCUUAAAAUAACUAAGAAAUGAAGGUACUUCCUUUGCCCUGCGGGCGGCUGGACCUUCGCGUGGCUCGGAUGACCACGUAAAAUGGCGGUCCCGUCUCCAUUAGGAGACAUUAAAAUGAGGGCCACAAGUUUAUUAGCCUUUGGCUAUUAAGUGCUACCCUCUUUCAAUAAAGGCUAUUUUUUUUUAUUUUUUAUUUAUUUUUUUAUUAUUUUAUUUUAUUUUUAUUUUUUUUUUCACGAAAUGCCUCAAUUAGAGCUCCUAAAACGUUGUGUGUGUUUGAUGCGUUCUUGAUCAAAUGGAAUCGAGAAAUACUGGCUUUUGAAAAUCGUGAAAAGCCGGAGUUAACCGGUAGGAAAACCUCUUAGAACUACACCCACAUAUAGGGUGUCGUCACAGGGAUAUGACAUUGACCCAGCUGGCAACAUAGGUGGGGGACGUUGUAGAAAUUGACGUUUGGCAAUAGCAGUAAACGUGAUUCUAAAGCUCUCCAUUGACGUCAUUUUAUCGGAUAUCGCAAAUGUCUUGGUCAAUUGUAGCUGCUUGUUAUGAAAGAAUAGGCGUGGGGUUUGAGCCAGUAUGAAAAAAAAUAUAUUUUGAAUGAAUAGUGAUGAAAUUUAUUGCUUAUAAGUAGACUGCUUGCAGUUCACCUUUUCUCUUAAAAUCCGUCUAGUUCUUGGUCUCAUCCAGCGCGAUUGCAAACCACGAUGUUAUUAUAUAGGGAUCGAGACGAGACGAGAAAAGACGGUCUCUUAUUUUUUCUUCUCGGGGUUACGCCCUCGUUUCUCGCGGCAAGCGGCUUCGCCGCUCGCGUGGUUAGGCUUUGCGUGUAGUAACUUUGCAAAGAAAAAUAAGAGACUGCUCGCAGUCUAUGCGUAUAGCUGUUGCGAAUACCCUGCCAGUAAUAGGUAGCAAUUGCCGAUCUGUUUGGGUUUUCUCUUUUUGUAAUCAAAAAAUUCAAAUUUCAAAUGUCCGUUUUAAUGUCAGAACUGUUUGUCUUAAACGGAUAAUAGUACCAUUCAUUCCGAUAUUUCCUGUUCGAAAUAAGACGUCUUCGAUUCAACUUGCUUGCUCGCGCCUUGUCUGGUUUUUAAUGUGUCUUGUGUUUCGGUUUUUAGAUGCAUGUAAAGAGGCUUUUUAAUUUAAUAUCUUAUUACGUGCCAUAAAAAGCAUAACACAAAAGGUUAAUUCUCACGACACCUGCGUUGCUCUGUCGCACAACCAAUUGUGUAAUAAAAGUGCACUAUAAACAACAUGAUAUUGUGGCUUUAUUACCUACACCACUCGUAUCAGAGAUACCUUACAAAAUUCCAGUGUUUUGCUACUGUAAGAAUAAAAACUGGUCGAUUGUCCAUGACUGAUUAUUGUUCUCGUCCCACGAUUUUUGUUUGUAAUUUUUACUUAAUAAGUGUGUCUUUGAGUGACACAUUUGUUUCGUUCGGGAGACAAUUUAACAUUAAGAAAUUACGAGCUCACACCGGAUUAACAACAGGGUACGAAUUGAGAAACUAUAGGAUGUGGAUUAAAUUAAUUAACGCAGUGUUUUGCUUUUCAGACCUUAGUUAUAAAAAAAACGGAUUCGAAAUUUCAAAAGGAAGAGUUAGACUUUAUAAUUUAAAAUGACCUUUUAUUUGCGCGUGAAAAAUCCAUUCCUUAAAUUAAGAAUAAUUAAUCUAAUAUUAGCCUAACUUGCUAAAAGUUGGCGCGACAUCGUACAUGUCUUAUUGUGUGUGCCAGUUUUUAUCUUUCAACUGAACAUAAUUCUGGUUUCUUUUAACAGCUGUAACUUGAUACUUGUUAAAAAAUAGAUUUCGAUUCGCAAAUGUGAAACGUGACGAAGUUUUCUUUACUUGUCGAUUACUGUUCAAACACAUCAAUAUUAAGUGGUGUUUUGGCUAGUUUCAUUCAUAACAGUUAUGUUGCACCGUGUUUCUAUCUACUCUACACAUUUCUUAUUAUUAGGCACAAGCUUGAAUCUGACGUUUGCCGUUUACCGUACCUUGGUGGCUCUUAAAAUCUAAGGUUUUUAAAAAUCUAUUUGCCAUUACACAAGUUAACAACGAUUGAAGUGUAUCUUUCGAGUAACAAUCAGAAAUCGAAGAAGAAGGAAAAGUUACAGUUGACUAAAGCAACUAAAAGGAGCACAGUCUCAGGUGAGAAAAGAUGGUAAUUAAUGUUGUUUAAAGGAUGGAUUGGUUUUCAGUUGCAAGUGAAGUCAAAACUGUUGGAUCUUCGAAAGUUAAUUAGCAGUAAUUUGAAAGCGGUAUUUCCUUGCAAAGGCUAAAAUAUUAAUUUUCAUCCAACAACAGCUGUAGUAUAGUCAAAGGUUUCACCCAUACUGAAUCGUCCCACCUUAACGCUGGUUGUAAAUUGUCGAGGGUCUCUGGCAUGGAUCGAGUUACCUUGAAGACACUUGGGCACUAAAUUGAUAAAUACCAAAAAAUAAAUCUCAGAUUUGAAGGUAAUUCACUAAACAGAAAAAAAUUAUGAUUUGUAAUACGUGUACGAACAUAAACGUUUAUUUCGUUUCUUGACACUAAACACUAAAAAAUGCCAAGCUGUGAGCCUCGGUUUUGCAGGGUGUGAUAACGGAUGGAUUCGGUUUUAGAAGCAUUAUUUUAAGGGAAUUAAAAGCAUUUCCGAAAUUGACCCUUGAUAGGAAAUCGGUCUUGAUUCUUCACUGUAACAGUUCUCCUGUGCAGAAAUCUUGAAUGUUGUUAAUUAUCAGAAGGAUAUAAGACAACUCUUGACAUUAUUAAUUAUCAAUCUUUUUAUUCUUCUUUCCAUGUGAAUAUAUAGAUGUAUGUCAGGAGAGUGGGAUCAAACUACUCGAUCUUUUAAUACGACUAAUUCGCACAAUAAUCAGGGGCACCCAACGAGAAUAUAGUUCAAAACCACUUUAACAUAGUAUUGUUAAAAGUAUUUUAGUAUUUAAACGGUAGAUAUAGGCAUAUUUUUAUCCCGUAAAAAUUUUUUAUCUGUUGGGAUUUCCUAGCUGAAAGUCUAGUGAUUCGAAAAUUAUAGGGAUCUGAAAACUUACCUUUUCGAAGGUUUCAGCCAGAAAAAAGGCUCCCGAAAAUUCUAGGUGACCUUUUUAGGGAAAAAAAAUCCGUUAAAAAUGGGCAAUUAUUCCAAUUUUUAGAUGUUCGAAAAUCCUAGGAGAGGCAGGCAAGCAAGAAAAUUUACAACAAAUGUUCCGAAAAUUCUAGAUCUCAAAUCGUCUUCGGAACAGAAAUUUUUCGAACAUUGACGUUGGGUGCCCCUGAAUAAUUGAAAAAUUCUUAAAUAGUUACAAAACUUUGGACAAAAGCUGAACAAGAAAAAAGGAUUAUUACCAACAGACCGACAUUACGGCCUUUAUGCUAUCAAAAGGAUCUUAUCUACAGCGUAUCGUAUAAAAGGAAAUCUGAACUCAGUUCGAUAUUGAAAACCAACACUUAAAGCAGGAAAACCGGUCGAUAAGUGCGUUCUUUUAGGUGCGAAAAAUCUCAAACUAAAUUAGUGCAUUAAGCAAUCAAGAGUUUAGAUUGGCUGUCAGCCAGCAUGUAAUGUUGUAGGUCAAAAUGCAGUUCAGGUCUAAAUGGUUGCAACGUUGUUUGAUUCUUAGUUUCAUGGUUUCUUAACCCGAAUUAUCUAUGAUCGUUGAAUAAUUAGUGUUAUGAUACAAAGAAUAUUGAGAAUCAAAGAAAGAAAUCAUUUUGACUGACCUACAAAGUAUGUACUAUGACAACAUAUAUACUGUAAGUAAGUCAGUGUACGCAGCUGAACAGAAAGCUUGGUAUGUAAUAAAUUCCCAGCAGUAAUAAUGAUGAUGAUGAUAAUAAUAAUAAUAAUAAUAAUAAUAAUAAUAAUAAUAAUAAUAAUAAUACAACUCACUUUGACUCUGAAGAUGACUACCGCACAGGUUGUCGAAACGUCAGUCACUUUCAACAACAACAGUACUAGCCCUAUUCAGGACACGUUCACCCGGACGAUCAAACUCAACCUAUACUUUUGAAAUGACUCCUGGGUUCAAGCCUUUCACAAUAAUAAUAAUAAUAAAAUAGCUAACUAGCUACCAUUAUGCCCCUCCUGUUCUUGCUUUCACAUUAAAUGGAGUACUGAUAAAUGUUUUCCUACGUAAUAUUAAUUGACAGGCCAAUUUCAAAGAGGGUUUGAAAGUUACCAAUUGCGUCGAAUAAUCGCAAUGAACAACUCCAGCUCUAACUUGGUCAAUUACACGCCAUGCCCAUACGACAUAUCUGCAGUCUUUACAUCAGUGUUGGCUGUCCUUAGUUUGGCUGCGAUUAUUGGCAACAUCUUAGUUGUGUCUGCCGUGUACAAGACCCCAAACCUUAGAACAAGCACCAACUAUUACUACGUCAACAUGGCGGUCUCCGAUUUCCUUUCUAGUCUUACAUUAUGGCCGCUGUACCUCACUGACGAGAUAAUAACACAGCGAGGAAGUCUCAUCCAUGGUUUCGUAGCCACAAUUGGCUGCAAAGUGGGGGUGUUUACGAGAAAUGUUUCGCAUUCAGUCUCUAUUCUAAGCCUGUUUUUGAUAGCUGUCGACAGGUUCAUCGCUACUGUCCACCCUUUAAAAGUUACCUUGUUAACAAAGAAUAUUCGAGCAUCCUUACUACUUUCAACAUGGAUCAUAGCCAUAGGGAGCUGUUUUAUCACAUUUCUUCAUUCAAGAGUCGACAGAGUUGGACACGAAACAUUCUGCAGAUUGGCUCUAGCCACAGACAGGAUGAUAAUACUAUACACGUUUGUAAUAAUUCUACUCAUUGCUUUGUAUUCCUCAACUUUAAUUCUGUAUCUGCGCAUCACGCGUGUUUUACAAAGUAGACUUCAGACGAAACACUGUGCACAAAACUUAGACGUAAUUAGUGCUAGACAGAAUAGAGUCAAGCACAAUCGAAACGUAAUGAAGAUAUUUAGGUCGAUUGUUAUAGCAUUUUUCAUCUGCUGGUUUUUUUUCUGUUGCUACCUAAUACUAAAAAUCGUUUUUCCGCAGCUGUUUGUAAGUGACAAGUGCAAGAUAAUCUUAGGCUUUUCUUUCUAUGUAUUCCCACUGUUAAGCACAGUCGUGAACCCAGUGAUUCUAUUUUCAUUCAGUUCUAGUUAUCGUCAUGCUUUAAAAGAAAUUUUUUCUCACGGGAAAUGUAAGUCAUGC